AUGGACAUUCUGCUCUUCCUGCCCUAUGUGAUUUUGCCGGCAUUCAUGAUGCUGGGAGCAGGUGGAGCAGGAUGUUGCGCUAACAGAUGUGGGAUGCUGCUGUCAGUGAUCCUGUCUGUGCUGGGAUUCGCAGGAGGAGCAUAUUGUGUGGUCAUCUCUUUGUUGGGGUUGAUUUGGGGUCCUCUGUGUGACACAGGUGAUGGAGAAUACCUCUACCCUUUCAGGAAUGACACUCUGGAAGACAAUUAUUUGUUUAACCAGACAACAUGGAAUAUUUGCAAACAACCUGAAAACAUCAUCCUUUGGAAUAUCGUCCUUUUCUCCAUUCUCCUGAUCAUUGGUGUGAUUGAAGCUAUUCUUUGUUUCAUUCAAGUCAUUAAUGGACUCACUGGCUUCAUAUGUGGCACAUGUAUGAGGAGAAGAAAGACAAAUAUUUCUGGAAUGUGAAUGACCUACAAGAAAUGCCAAGACAAGUCCCGGACUGCCGAUUCACAUACAAUAAGGAUAGUGCACUGUACUGUUUUAUUUAUGGGACGACAACAACAACAACAACAAAAAUGUCCAGGUGUUUCACAGGGCAAAAUUAUUUUUUUGUAAAGAAGUCAGGGUAAAAAAGGGCUAGAUCAUGUCAGUCUGAGACUCCACAUUUUCAUCUCUCUAAACAUACCCACUAAAUUUUAGGUGUUGGAAAAAACAUUAAUCUAUCUGGCCCUUAACGCUGUGCUUGUCUAUAAAGCACAAGAGUCCUCAGAUAAACGAUCACUACUCGCCCUCUCAUGUAUGUGGGAAAUGGAACUGUUGUUAAUGUAUACAUUUAUCAGCUGCAUGAAGCAGGUGCUCUCUGGCUGACGUAAAUAACAUCCCGUCCUCCCCAAACCCCACCGUGAGCUCACCUGUCUGUUCCUAUUAAUUUUUGAAUGGGGCACUCACAGAUUUGAAUGAGUAUGAGCAGAGCUUAUAUCUAGCAGUGCUUGAGACACCGCAGAGGCAGUGAAGAACACCGUUUUCAGCCUCUUUCUGACACCCUGGAGCCAGAUCCCCUUGCCAAAGCCCAAUGCACUUCUAAAUUGGUUCUUCAGGAUCAUCUGAGUGUUGUGGCAGCCUAAGAGGAACAUUUGGGUCAACAUAGACAGUAGGGUUUGCAGCAAGAGUUCAGAAAUGUCUUCUUUAACAAAAGGGUGAAGAACCUCACCACCAAUUUUGCCUUCAUAAAACUGCCUCAGAAUUUCACUAACUUCCACACAGGUCUGUAGGGCUGUACUAGAAUAGUGCAUAUGGAUCAAAGAAUUAUCUCACCAAAGAUAAACAAAGAUAUAUGUAGUAAUUAUGUGCAGCUUAGUAAUAAAUGGAAGAUACAAUCUGAAGGCAGCAAAUUGCAUCAGCUUUAGUUUUUUAGCAACAGCAAUACCAACCAAGAACUGCAUUAUUCCCCAUCAUCACUCAAGAGCAAGCACUUGAUCUUGAGCUAAUGUCCAUGACUGGGAAAUUUCAUAAAACUCACAAUUUCAGUGACUUCCUCAAAGGUUAAUUCUUGGUCAUGAACUGUCUUUCCUUUGUCAGCUAAACCGUCAAAUAAUCUUUACCCAUCCUGAAUACAUACAGGUAAGCUAUGAAAACCUGAAUAUAUUUAAAGCAUUUUGAGAAAACAUAAAUGAGUGAAAAUAGGCUCCAAGUUUUUCAUCUUUCUGCACUGUAGCUUGGGAGCAAGCUCUUCAAACAUACUUAUUGCAGACAUACAUGGAUGCUUGUGCUGUCCCCUAAUGCAGCAUGCAAAAUACUUCACAUUCUCCUUUAUAUAAAACGGAGAAGAAAAUGUCAGUUGCCUGGAUGAGAAGCAUAUGCACCUUGGAGCAUAGUUUCACCCCUAGAAGCAGGAGAUUUAACCUGUAAAACUUAAAUGCAACUUCUGUAAAGAAUAAAGCAUAAGACUUGUUGAAGAUUGCAAAUCCAUCACUAGGUGCAUCCAAACGUGUCAGGUGGCUUAAAAAGCUCAUGUUCAUUGCUGGCAGGGAAGCAUAGACAGUGCUACCACAUUUAGCAGACAGCAACCCAGGAAAAAAUUAAAGAGGCAGCAGGAAAUAAGGAUAGUCACAUGUAGUCAGGUGGGGAGAGACUCCUCCAUAAGCACAGGGGCUCUAUGAUCUCUUCACAGUCCCUAAAUACCUGCCCUUCCUCACCCCUUAGUUUUGGUUCCCUGAUUCUCACCUCUAGGGUAAAGCCAACUUUGGCUGUGCUAGCACCAGCAGGGGAAGAGAAACCCACUGGCACACCUCCAGCGCAGAAAAAUAAAUGCACUGUGCUGCUGCCAUCUGCUUGUUCCAGGCUGUCCUGCUCUGGGGAUGUCUGUGUGCUCUGGGGAACACCCUUUGUCUUGCCAACUGUGUGAGCACUGGCCUCACUGAUAUAUGUAAAUAUUAAAUAUUGCUAUUCUGAACUUAUUUUCUGGCUUCAUUUUUGUGGUCUGAAGGACUUUUGAGUUCAAACUACCUCCAAUAGGAAGAUAAAUGGAAUAACAGAGAAAGCAGAGUUAAAUCAUCUAACUUGAAUCACCAUGAAAUCUCUUCCAGGGUAGGCAUCAAGAUACAUAGGCCAUGAGGAGAGGCAACCUUCCCCCAGCCCACACUGAAAGAGACGCCUAAGGCAAGUGGGAGACAUUGCCUUUCUGAUCAAGGUUCAGUUGUCCACCAUGGACAAGAACAUCUGAUGACAUUUGAAGUGCAGCAAAGAUGUCCUCUCACAGAUGCCCAGAGAUCCAAGAGUCUCAUCUGGAGCUAACAACAUGAAGGUGUGGAUGACCAAAGCAAACAGUUGUAUCUUGCAAACACAAGGAUGCUAAAAAUUCAUUUACUGAAAAUACAUAAAGGUGACUAAAAUUAGAUUAAAUUAUUUAAUCUCAUGCUUUUUUGGAUCCCCCAAAUCACCUUCUACAUGAGUCAAAGCCUGUCCUCUCAGAAGUGUCACCAGAGCCUUCUCCAGGAGCUGGCCAGCACAUUGCAACGGGGGCAGCUCCUCAUGCUGAGCACUGCAGGAAGACCUGUGAACCCAAGCUCUUCUGGUGGGCAAGGCUUCAAAAGAAAAUGUCUACAUAGUACUAAACAUAAUAAAAACUUUGGUUUGAACAGAGAAUUGGCUUGACUGAAGAUAAGAUAGCAUGUUUUAGAAUUAGGAUUACAAGAGAUUUUAAGUUGUUGAGUUGGGGUUUUUUGAAAAAUGGAAAGAAAUCUUUCAGGAAAAU